AUGGUUGGAGUCCUGGCCGUGACUGCGGCGGCGGCGGCUGCUCAGCCCCGAGCGCCGGGAAAGGACUUGGACGUCCAGCCAUGCAAGAAGCAAAGGAAAGACGAUGAUGGACCUUCUUGUAAAACCAUUACUGAAUAUAUGUCACCGAUAAGGAAGACUGGAGACAAAGUUUUCUCCCCACCAAAAUCUAAUAACAUCUUGGAUUAUUUUAAAAGGACUUCACCCAUAAAUGAAAAGCCUUCUAUAACUAAGGAGUGCAAGAUACAGUCAUCUAAACCAUUGCAAAUUGAUGAUAACAAAGAAUGGAAAAUACUUUUGGACAGUCCCUCCAAUUUUGAGUCUAAGUCAAGGGGAAAGAGAAUUAAUUUAUCUCAGCAACUGAAUGAUAUUAAAAAAUUGGAAAACGAACCCAUAAUAAUUAGUAGUGAUGAUAGCAGAGAAGAAACAAGCUUAAAUAAUGUUUUUGUGGGUAGUGAUAGUGAUACUUCUGCUAUACUUACUCCAAAAAAUGUAGAGCACUUCUCAGAAGGUAGUCAGAGUAACAAUAAACAAUCAAGCACAAUAUCCUCCCAAAAAGAUAGAAAGAAAGUAAAUGCUGAACAAAGCAGCCCAAAAAACAACUGCAAAAAAUUAAGGAAAAGGAAGCACAAAGAUGACAAAGACCUAAUUAGAAAUUUGUCAUUAGAAAAAGAAUCCAGCCAGCCAUCCAAAAAGGAGCCUAAGGACAAUAAGCAAGGAAUGGGACCGAAAACUGAUGAAGUUGUGGCUCCUGUAAGUGAUUCCAGCCCUGGAGUUCAUGUGUCCGAGACAGCCCAGGUAAAUGAUAAUACAGUAACUGUAUCCUAUGAAGAAUUUUUAAGAAGUCAGGAAGUAAACCCACUGGAGCAUAUACAAGGACCAGAAAUGUCAGCUUGUAGUCAUUCUGAUACUCCUGAUGAAGUUGGUAAAAGUGGGAAUAUUAGUGAUCCUGAAACCAGUGAAAGUUCCCAGCAGCUGCCCCUUAAAACAGUGACUGUUCUUGCACAAAUCCAUGCUGUGCCACCAAAGCCUAUUUCAAGGAUAAAGAGGAAAAGGACUUUGAAAAUACCAUCAAUUUUCUUGAAACAAAAGGAAAAUGAAAUUGGAAAUAAGCUUUCUGAGCCUGAAAAUGAACAGACAGUUCAGAAAAGAAAAUCCAAUGUAGUUAUAGCGGAGGAAGAAUUAGAAUUGGCUGUGUUAGACACUGGAGGCCCUGAACUCACAAAGCCAAAAUGUACAUUGGAAGAAAGACAGCAGUUCAUGAAUGCUUUUAGGCAACCUACAUUUGAUGCUGUUAAAAGUGCAGUAAAAAAAUCCUUGGAAAGACAGAAAGAUGCUCAGGAAAAAUCCUUGAAAGAGGAAGGGGGUAAAGAUGACUCAGUUGAAGAAACAGAAUGUCCUAAAAUGCAGAAAGAUUCAAAUAAUGACGGUUCACAGCCUUGUGAUCCUAAAGGAGGCCCAGCCAAGGGAAAAAGUAAAAAGCUUCAGAAAAAGUGUAAGAGAACAUUGGCAACUGAGGAUGCUCCUACGGAAGAAAAUACCUCAUGUGAUGUAAAUAUUAAGCGAAGUCCAAAUAGCAUCAGAAGAACUUUGAGACAACAGAAAACUGAAGCUUCCAAAAGCGCUCUCUCCCUUAGUAUUACAAGCACCAUUUCUAAAGACAUCCCAGACUAUCGUCCUUUACAUGUUUCCACUCCCAAAGCCAGCCGUAAAUCAUCAAGAAAAAUCGCUACACCAGUAAAGAAUGUUGGAGUUAUAUAUCCUAAAGAUGUCUUAGAUGAUGGCCUGGUAAAUGAUAUUACUCCAAAAUCGACCCGAAAAUCUUCUCGAAAAAGUAUGGUAAUGAUUGGAGACACUGACUCUGAAGAUAGACAAUUUGACAGUCCUGGAAAUGUUUCUCCUAAAACAGCUGCCAGCACAUCUUUGGAACAGCAUGACUUGUAUAUGGCUGAAUUGAUAACAGGGCCCUUUGACUCACAGAGCCCUAUUAGGAUAAAAUUUACCAGAAUUAGUUCACCCCUCACAUCCAAGAAAACUGAAACAGAUGAAGAUUUUACUCCAAAGAGUAGAAAGGCAAGCAAUGUUUCUAAAAACAUCAUAAAGGCAAAGCAGUUGAUUGAAAAAGCCAAAGCCACCCAACAGAAUAAGUCAAAGAUGAAUGAAGAGGCGUUGACCCCACUGCGGCGUUCCUCCAGACAACAGGCUCUUACCGAAAGGAGAAAGUUAUCAGAGAGAGACGAUUCAGUUAUAAUUAUAGAUUCGAGUCCUGCUUCUUCACAGAAUACGGAGAAUAAACAGAAGGAAAUUCAGUGUUUGAAUGAUGUGCUGGGGAAAAAAGUUAACACAACUACUAAGGAUUUACAUGGAAAAAUAAAAGUGGCUCCUCUGUUCCUGCCCAAAAAACCUCAGAAAACAGCUGAACCUAUGGUGAUUUUUGAUGACAACAGUCAAGAUGUAUCUGAAAACUCUCAGGAUGAUGAGCAAUUUAAAGCAAAGCGUGAAUUUCUCACGAGUGGCUUGCCAGAUUCAUUGAAACGCCAUAUUGCAAAGAAAGCAGCUGCCUUAGAAGCCUACUCUGCGAUAAGUUCCUGUUUCCAAACAGUCGUUCAUAUACAGCAGCGUGACAACGGGAACCAUUUGUGGAGCUUGACACCCCCUUCAUGCCCUCUCUUAACUGAUCUUAAAGAUCCGGAUACCAGUGUAACCAAUGUCACCAAACACAUCAUUUCCCUUGGUGAAUUUUCAGCUCUGAAUUCCAGACCCAGCACCAAUAAUUCUACAGUUGCGUUGUUGGGAGCAAGAAAAGAUUUUACAGAAGAAAUAAGGAAGAUUUUGCUGGAGGAAAUUAGGUGGUCUAAUCCUCAAUUUCCUUUGAAAAGAUUUUUUACACAGUUUUUAAAAAAGCGAACUGAGCACCAGGCACUUUUUGGAUGUCAAAGUAAACAAGGACAUCCACAAAUAAAAUCCAUUGACAGUCAAAGGGAAACCAAGAGGAAAAGAAGAGAGAUUGAAAAUCACAAGUCAAAGAGAAGAAAACCAGGUGAAUGUGAUCAGGACCUAAUGGGGAAGGACUUACCGGAGGGGCCCUCCCCCAGCAGAAGUCGGGGCAUUGGCUCACCUGAGGGCCAGAGAGAGUCUAGUCAAGGACAGUGUUCCAGGACUUCCAAGAAAAAGCAGGUGGCUUUGGGAAGUGUAACACACAAGGAAGAAAAGAACACAGCCCAGGAUUCGGAUGUUGUGAUAAUAGAUGAAGAUAAGAAAUUUCUAUCAGAGGGAACAUUCAACUCUGAUUCUGGAAUUGAGGACGUGCUCUGGACAGAAAAAUAUCAACCUCAGGACUCCAGUGAACUCAUAGACAAUGAAAUAGCAAUUCAGAAGUUACACAGUUGGUUGAAAGAGUGGAAAAGAAGAGCUGAAUUGGAAGAAAAAGGAAAUUUGAAAGUCAGAAGUGAAGACAAAGAGCAAGAUCUCUCAUUCAGCAUGGAUUUUAAGGACAUUUCUGAUGAUGAGGAAGAGAAUUCUCUUUGUAACACUGUUCUUAUCACGGGGCCACCAGGAAUAGGGAAGACUGCUGCAGUAUAUGCUUGUGCUCAGGAGCUUGGCUUUAAGAUAUUUGAAGUUAAUGCUUCUUCCCAACGCAGUGGUAGACAAAUUCUCUCUCAACUCAAAGAAGCUACUCAGUCUCAUCAAGUUGACAAACAAGGUGUAAAUUCACAUAAGCCUUGUUUCUUUAACAACUACAGUGUAGGCAGAUCACCAAAAAAAUUAAGCUCGCCUAAGAAAGUUCUUACAUCACCAAGGAAACCUCCACUUUCACCAAGAGUUGCAAAGCGAGGACUCCCCCCAAAAACUUUGGCAAAUUAUUUUAAGAUGUCUUCCAAACAAAGUAAUAAUGAAAUGAUGAAACUCCAGAAGAAUAAUAAAGAAAUUAUUUCUUCUGAAGAGAAACAAGACACCCAAACAAAAUUGACAAACAUCUCCAGCUCAAAUGUCAAGGAAUUAGGAAUAGAGGAAUCCAGCCGGAAAAAUGCAACAUCUCUCAUUCUUUUUGAGGAGGUUGACGUGAUAUUUGAUGAAGAUGCUGGAUUUCUAAAUGCAAUCAAGACAUUCAUGGCGACAACCAAGAGACCUGUGGUUCUUACCACAAGCGAUCCAACAUUUAGUUUAACAUUUGAUGGAUGCUUUGAGGAAAUCAACUUUAAAACUCCCUCCUUGCUCAAUGUUGCCAGCUACCUACAGACACUCUGUUUGGCCGAAAAUUUAAGAACAGACGUAAAAGACUUUGUCACCUUGCUGACUGUUAAUAAUUGUGAUAUCAGAAGAAGCAUUCUCUACUUACAAUUCUGGGUUAGAAGUGGAGGUGGAUUCUUAAAAGAAAAACCAUUAUCACUUCAUGGAGAGAGUGAUAGGAAUGCUAAGCUCAUUUGCUCUCGAGAUGAUUCUUAUCCUCAGAACCGUUCCCACACUCACAAGGAUCCUGCCAACCUUCCAAAGUGUGACAUUGGCUGUGCAGAGAGUCUGCUUGGCAUGAAGAACAUAGUCCUCCCAUCCGAAGAUUUGUUUUCCUUUAUAAAGGAUAAAAUCACAACACAGGAAGAAUGGAAUAAACUCAUUCAGCUCCUCAUCGAAUUCCAAAAGCGGAAUGUCGAUUUUUUAUACAGUAAUCUUGAGUUCAUUCUGCCCCUGCCAGUUCACAUCAUCCCAGAAUCAAAAUGUAUUUUGCCUGUAACUUCAUGUGCCCCGCCCUUGAGGAAGAAUGAGAAUCCCCUGAACACCGAGCACUCUGAAGGAGGCAGUUCUCUGGUGAAGGUCAAGAAGAGGAGACGUCAGAAGAAGAUGAUCGUAUUGGAUGACAGCGACUUGUUUGACACUGGUUUGGAUUAUUCCGAUGAAGGUGUUAGUUUGUCAUCAGCCAUUCCACCCUCGAGCUCAGAAGAGAGCAGCUCUGCCCUCAAACUGAGUGCAAAAGGGAAGAAGAAGAAACUCUUGGAAUCCAACACGUUUGUUUCUCUUCCUCCUGAAACUCUCGAACAACGAAAAUGCCAUGCUCUUGCUUCUCAUUGUUUAAAUUCACUGACUGAAUUUAUGGAUAAUAUGUCUUUCUUAGAUUCCCUUUUACCUAAUCCAAGGGAACAGAAAGAAUUUGGUGAAAACGAAGACUUUACUUGGACAAAUGGCAAAGUCAAAAAUGGCCUUUGUGAUGAGUUUAGUCAAGAGCCUAGUGAUGGCUGGACUUGCCGAGGCUUGGAAGACCUAAAGGCAGUCGUGGAAGCUCUCAGUUUUACCAAGUGCUCUGCCACGAUUUCAAAAAUUUUGGAAACCUCUUUGAACCCUUGCAAGAAGUUAGGAAAAGAUCCAACUAGGGACCUCACUUUGUCCAUUUCGGAACAAAGAAAUAAUGUGUACUUCAGUCAGUCUGCCGCAGAUGUAGACAAAGCACAGAAGAGGUUGGCAGUCAUAAAAGCUGUAUUUUCUGGUAAAUCUCUUCUAACCUUGGGGAGCAGCAGGCAGGCCAGCCUCGCUGAAUACUUACCAACCCUCCGCAGCAUCUGUAGGAUGGAGAAGCUAAAAGAAGAAGAGAAGAAUAAGAGAAGGUUCCUGCACUAUUUUGAAGGAAUUCAUCUUGACAUACCCAAAGACACUGUGAGCAGUUUGGCGACUGACUUCCCCUAGUUUUCUAUGCUAAUGGUGCCAUGUACAGUAAAAGAUACUUAUUACAUUUUGAUAUUCCAUUGACUUUCCUGUGUCAUUAAAUUUCUUCUUGAUGUACAGUAAAAAUAGACUUUGUAUAUUUUAUAUUUGUGUGCAAGUAUUUAAAAUAACAAAAAGCCUGGGUUACAAACUGUAUAUUUGUUGUAAUAGCUCUUCUUUAGGCUGAUGUUUUUGUACUCUUCUCUUGUCCAAUUUGACUUUUUAUUUUUAAACUUUGUUUCUCUGUGGAUGAGUGAGUUAUUUCUCCUGGAGUGUAGAUUUAACCCAGAUGUGUCCAGAAAUGUUUGUGUCAGGUUAUUCUCAAAAAUUUUCUCCUUCACUGCCACCCUGCUCCACUGACAGGACCAGGGCUUAUUUUAAUUCAAUUAUGAAUUUCCGUAGCAGGAGAAUUUCCUCCAAAAUAGAUUUUACAGAAUUCAUCACCGGGUU